AUUAAUUUUAACAAGAUGAAGAUACAAAAUAGCAAAUUUUUUUACCUUGAAGAUUUAUGGAUACAAUCGAGUAGCUAUUUACCCCCUUGCGUUUCCUUCUACCUCUUCAAUGAUUUACAGCUGUAAAUAACCCUUUUUACCUUAAGUUCCAAAUUUACGGGAGAAAUCCUUACCGUGAGGUACCUUAAAACCCCACCUCAACCUCAAAAAUUGCCAUUUCCCUCUCUUCUCCCAUGUCAUCAAAAGAAACGCAUUUGAGUCAUUUCACUGAACCGCGAAUCCAAAAAUAUCCGCUGGCCUGUAAAAUAUUAAAAAUCUUUUUCUCAAUUUCUCCUCUCGCACGCACAAUUGGAGAGGAGGAAAUAGAGCGCCAAAAGGUUUCUCGGGUCAUUGGAUCCACCGAAUCAACCCGAACUGAUCCGCAUGAUUCGUAUUCGCGAAUCAAAUCUGACCGUCCGUUCUUUAAUCCAACAGCUGAGAUCACUCGGCUAAGUGGUUACCCUAUUUUCUGCCUCCGGUGGUUUUUAUCAUAAACCCUAGCCUCUACGAGAGAGAUAGCUAGCUUCACGCUAUUUCCCCUCUCUUUCUGCAACUACAAAGACUCCAUCAAGAUUUACGUGAAACGCGUUAGAGUCCUUACGAUCUUCUCUCUCUAUAGAGAGAGAGAGAGAGAGAGAGAGAGAGAGAGAGAGAGCCUAGAUCUUAGUUUUUUAGAUUUCUUUCUUUAUCCUUUAGUCGUGAAGAAUCGUGGGAUUUUCGGUUUUUGCGUUGCUGGGUUUUUUGGGAUUUCUGUUAAUCUGAGUCCGAUUCUUGAUGGGUUCCUUGUACCAUGUCUACUGUUUACUUUUAAUUAUGGGGUCUGAAUGUGUUUCUUUUUGACUCGGUGAGUUGUUGUUAUUAGAUCUGAGCAAAUGGCAUGUUCGAUGGCGAUUCCUCCUUCCCUGUGUGUUUCUUUGCGGUAGAAGAGUCGUGCACGGUUGGCCAACUCGGUUUUUUUUUUUUUUAUCUUUGUCUGUUAGGAGACUCGUGUUUCUGACUAGGAAAUUGGUGAGUCGAAUCGGAAGGUAACUGGGUGACUUGGUGAGUGGGAGGUGGGAAGAUCGAGCCUCGUGUAGGACCGAGGAGGAACCAAGCGGUAAUAAUGCCGUCGGUGGGGAUGCGUCGUACCACUAGGGUGUUUGGGGUGGUGAAGGUCGUAGAUGGGGCCCGGGUUUUGCGCUCUGGUCGGCGAUUCUGGCCGGGAUCAGGUGACGCCAGGUUCAGGAGAGCCAACGAUGGGGACGAGUGGUUGCACACCAUGAUUAAAUCCACCGCCACUAACAGGAAUUACCAUAACCAUAGUUCUUUCAAGUACAAAGAACAAGGAUGGACCCAUGAUUCUAAAUUGAAGCAAGAAGCGCCUGCAGUUGAUACUCGAACGCCCAAGAGAGUGAAUCAUGGGAAUUUGAAAGAUACUGAGAAAAAGAUGUUUGGGGUGGUUUAUAGUAGAAAAAGAAAGAAAAUGGGUGUAGAAAGUCAGAACACUUCGGAGAGUAAAAUGUAUGGGAUUCAGUUUUCGCGAAGGCAGCGAAGGAAGCAAGGGGAACAAUUCGAGCUGGGGCUUCUUAUUGUUGUUGAGAGUUCUUGCGGUGGUGGGUUAACUGCUUUUUUGAAUUUGGUUUUUGGGUAUGUUAGGAGGGCUAGUUUGAGGUUUUCUAAGCUUACAGCUUUCUUGUCGACUGAGCCGGUUAGCACUGCUUUUGCUUCAAAUGGAAUUAGUUUUGUUGAGGAUACAACUGCUAAUAGAACUGGAUUUUGCAAGAUUUUUGGGGCUAGGUGUACAGUGCCUAUAUUUUCUUUGGAUUUUUCUGCAGUUCCUUUCUGUUUUGUAUAUAUGCAUCUCAGUUUGCUGCUUAGGGUUAAGUGUCUGUCUUUUGUACCUGUAAAUACCUCACUGGAUGAGGAGUCAUGUGAUGAAGAGUGCCUAAGUGAAGAUCAUUCAUGCGGCCUUGUGAAGACUGACACAGUGCCAGAGACUGGUAAUUCUGGAAAUAAGGUGGUGUUACAUCCAUCUGUGAGAGCUUCCAAAUUUGCUGGCUGCAGCAACCAAUACAGAAAUGGCCUAUAUUCUCGUAGUAUUCAAAAGAGGAGGACUUCACUUAGGAGGAGGAGAGCUAGAAAUCCACACAAGGAUAAUGGUGCUUUAGUUUCAGAUCUAAUAAGUAGUAGGAAAAAUGGUAUCCCUUUUUCUUCUGUGGUGUAUAAGAACAAGCUUAGGAGUUCAUUGCGGAGUAGUGCUGCAGCAAACCUCAGCAAAAUAAGUUCUAGUGUGGUUGAAGUAACUCAGGCCAUGGACUCAUCAAGCUGCUCUGCAAAUGUACUGGUUAUUGAAUCAGACAGAUGUUACAGGAUUGAAGGGGCCACUGUCACAUUAGAAAUCUCUGAUUCAAAAGAAUGGUUGCUUUUAGUGAAGAAAGAUGGGCUGACCAGGUACACGCACUUGGCACAAAAGAGUAUGAGACCUUGUUCUUCCAAUCGUAUUACUCAUGAUAUAAUAUGGACUGGGGAUGAUAAUUGGAGAUUAGAGUUUCCUAAUCGACAGGACUGGCUCAUAUUCAAGGAUCUUUAUAGGGAAUCUUCUGAUCACAAUGUGCCAGCUCCUGUUUGUAAGGCCAUCCCUGUGCCUGGAGUAUGUGAAGUUUUUGGAUAUGAAGAUAGCAACAUUAUGCCCUAUUUUAGACCAGAUGCUUACAUUUCUUUAAACAAUGAUGAGGUAGCUAGAGCUCUGGCUAGGAGGACUGCAAUUUAUGACAUGGAUUCUGAAGAUGAGGAAUGGCUAAAAAAGUUCAGUAAUGAAUUAUUUGUUGAAAAUAAGCACCAAGAGCAUCUUUCAGAGGAUGCUUUUGAGCUAAUGAUUGAUGCCUUUGAGAAGGCUUUUUAUUGCAGUCCAGAUGAUUUUGCUGAUGAGCAAGCGGCUAUAAAUCUUUGUAUAGAUUUGGGAAGGAGAGAAGAAGUUGAAGCUGUGUAUGGUUAUUGGAUGAGAAAACGGAAGCAGAGACGAUUAGCACUGCUUAGGGUUUUUCAGGGACAUCAAGAAAAGAAAGCUCCACUGAUUCCAAAACCUGUUUUACGUAAAAGAAGGUCAUUUAAGCGACAGGCCAGCCAAUUUGGAAGAGGCAAGCAGCCUAAUCUGUUGCAAGCAAUGGCUGCUGAUCAUGAUGCUUUGACAGAACGUAAUGCUUUGCGUAAAUUAGAAGCAGCUAGAACUGCAGCAAAGAGAUCUAUGGAAUCAGCUAUUCUUAAACGCCGAUGGGCUCAAAUUCUUAUGGAGAAUGCGGAUUUGGCAAUUUACCAAGCUAAAAUGGCACUCACAAUUGCCGAAGGUGCCCACAUAGCCAAUUCAACGGAUAUGGCUGUCCAAGACUUCUUUGAUUGACGGGCAUGGUUAUAUAUAAUACUUCUUGAGAUGGCCAGUUAUUAUUACCGGAAGGAUGAUGGCCUCACAGAUGUUUUUGAAGCCUGGAGGACAACCGUUGCAGAAAGUAUUGUAAUUUUGUACAGAUUUUUUUUUUUUUUCUAAUUGUAUGUGCAUUCUGUAUUAUUAUUAUUAUUAUUAUUAUUAUUACACCCAAUGUUUUUA